AUGAAAAUCUAUGAAUUUUGUACGAAUUUUGUAAUUUUGUCUUUGAAUAUCCUCAACUACAAAAUAAUAUCAUUGGCUAAGAUUCACAUAAGGUUUUGUUCAAACAACCUAACUGAAUACCCCCAAUUCUCCCUCCUUGUGCACAACGACUUCAAGGACAAGAUUACCCAGCUCUUCGCAGACAUUGGCGUGUCUGUGAAGACAGAUUUUGAUCCCUUGGACCAUCGGAUCAUUGCUGAUCCGGCACAUGCCCACAAACCCGUGCAGGAACGCCAACAGCUUGCAUACAAGCUACACCGCCAACGUCUUCUCGCUCUCUGCCUUCGCCUCCCUGCCCCACUGGGCAAAAGUGUCAUGAGGCACUUUUGUACAGUGGAAAGUAGCUCUCUUCGCCUCCCUCCAGUCUGCCUUGAGCAGUAUCUGGAAGACCGAAACCUUCCAUCUGGCCCCCAAGUCAGUGCCAUUGACACUGCCACUGCCAUGGUUAUAGGAUAA